GGGACGCAGAACCCGCAGAGGACCGACACCGAGGCCGCAUACGUCCGGCAGCAGUUUUAUUUUAUUUAUUUAUUUAUUUUUUACAUAGCAGGUCUGUGUGGGUUCAUCUGUUCUCCCGUCCUCUAGCACCACCGGUGGCCAGAGGCGCUGCGAGGCAUCCGCGUUUGUGCGCGUGUGUCACAGGAGGAGAAAGCUGUAGGAGUUAGUUUUAUAUAGAUAUAUAUAUGUGUGUAUGUAUGUAUAUUUCUACUACAGCGGAUCAAGCCUGCCGCCGCUGCCGCCUCCUCCUUCAAGUCGUUCGUUGAUUUAGCGGGAUGGCGGAUAUUUUAAGGAGACUGAUCAGUGCGUCCUCGUUCAGCGUCUUACAGGACAAGCUGGAGAGCUGGCACCGGGACUACCACGUGUUUUCCUGUGAUCAGAAUGUGAACAGAUGUUGUGAGCUGAUCGAGCUCACUGCCAAAAUUCAAGGCCAGCUGUUUAGCAUCCUAAAUGUUACCGCAGCUGAUGGUGGUCGCUACGGUGGAGUGGACACUCUUAAAACGCGUUUUCUGCCUUGGCUUGGAAGCUGUUUCUCCAUGUCAAGGCCCUCCAUCGCAGACGACACCAGCCUGCAGCUCAUCCAGGACGCAACAGAGAAGGACAGAAAGAUGCAGGAGCUCUGUUUGGCCCAUGAGAACGAGAUAAGAAAGCUGGAAGUUCAACUGAACUCUACCAACAUCCAGCUGGGGUCCGUCACUGCAGAACUGUUGGAGGCUCAGAAGAAGCUGGACGACACAAAGUGCAAGUCGGCGACCACCCUGCUCGCCACAGAGGAGGAGAUCUUGCAGCUCAAAGCGGAUUUGCGUUCUGCAAAUGAACAGCUGGACUUGUAUAAGAGGAAGCAGAGCACCGUUCACGACUACGACCGGCAAAUUCGCUUGUUGAAGGAUGAGUUGGCUUAUCUGAGCUCGGAGAAGAUGAUGCUGCAAGAGAGGUUGAGCAGAAGUCGCUCUCCGAGCCCUUUGCCCCUGACGAUCCGCUCAUCCAGCCCCCGGGGGAGCACGUCGCCCACCAGAGCCCAGCUGACCAACUCCUCACGCCACGCACGCCUCAUCUCGCGUUUCAGCGAUCUGUACACCAUGGAGCGUCUAGACGCACAGUCCCUCCUACGGCGCUACAUCCCAGACUUGGAGAUGGUCCAGAGAAUCAUCUUCAUCGCUGUGACGGAGUCCUUCCAAAAAGCAAAACUGGCCUAUCGUCAGUUCAAGCAGCAAGUGAGAAAGACGUUGUCCACAUCCCACUAUGGUCCGGAGAGUCUCGAGGACGCGGCUGUGGAUUACAUUGUUAGGAACCUGGACCUCUAUGAUGUCCUGUGCAGUGUCAACGAUGUAAUCCUUGCUAUGAACAAGAACCCCCAGAUCUCCUUCCCUCCAGAAGUGGACUUCAGACUCAUCAGUCCCUUGAUCAGAGAGACCUGCAAGGUGGCUUUUGCCAUGCAGACACUGGACCCACCACUCGACUUGGCCUACGGAAGCAACGGUGAACUAUUCAGCAACACCAAGUACCGUCGCAGCUUUGACUCUGAUUUCAGUGCUCCGCUGGUGGUCAACUACGUGUGGCCGGCUCUGAUGGAAGGAAGCACGGUUGUUGUUAAAGGAGAAGCCGUGACCAGAAGAGGCGCACUGUGGAGCAGAAGCAGGAGCAGAAGCGCCAGCCCUGCACGCUCCCGAUCUCUCAGCCCGACCCGCAGCGUUAGAUUUAACGAAAAAAGAAGCCUGUCUCCUGGACGCCUCACUACCAGACACCUGUAAGCACUCGCCUCAUUGGUCAAGAGUGAAGUGAAGUCCGCCUGUGCUUCCUAUACAUGAAAUAAACUUUUACGGAUUUGUUUAUUUGAUUUCUAUGUUGUUUGGGUCUGCUUCAACCAAAUAUGUCACCAACCAGAGGUGCAAAAACAGGCAGGCAGCUACUGUGACUAUAUUUAGAGGUUUGUUUUUGUUUUGUUUUGUUUGACUAAAUUGUAUUCUGGACACAUCAACAAAAGUCAUAUUGAUAUUGUCGACUUCCUAUUUGUCUCUAAGUCCUGCGCCUGAAGCUGUAGUCUUUAUAUGAAGGGCAGUGAAGAAUGUUACUUUAUGGUGCGAAAGUUACCAGUUCUGCCCUCACAUCCUGCACUGCUUGAGCUUCUGAUAUUGAUCAAUAUGUCUAUUGACAUAGGUUCGUUUUUUUAUAUUUUUGUUUGAAUUUUACUGUGUGUGGUAUUAAUUUGUUAAACAAGAAAUGCCUUGUGACAGAGCAAUGUUCAGAGGCCUCUGGAGGAGAAAUGUUAUUUCAGCUUGUUACAGUGCAGGAUGUUUUCUUUUUCAAUGAACAUGAUAACAAUUCAUAUUUUAAGUAGUGGCUUGAACGAUAGUUUCAUUUUAAAUUGAGUUUAAUUUUGCAGUACGAAUAAAAUGUUCUUUAUGACCAAUUGUAAUAAACUGACCUUUUUCUCUUGA